UUCCGAUUAUGCCCGAUCAUCUUUGGUCGUUGACGAUGAGCUACCCAUAACUAACCAAUUAUCGACGAACAUCUUUUAUUCGUGGAAAGACAUCCAAAACCUCGGUCACGCCUACAAGUUUUAUAUUAUAUGGAAGGGCUAUAAACCUCGACCUCGACCUUCAUUAGCCGACCAUCUAUGCCGUCAUAUGCUUACUUUUACGGUGAAAGCGGUUAAACUCUCGGAAAAUGUUGCACUUUCCCGUUAAAAUCUCGUUUUCCGUUAGAGCUCCGGCGAGGCAUGAGACCUAUUCUCUUCAUCCUCUGAACGCCCGAUCUUCUCUCCACAAUCUUCUCCGUUCUCGAUAUGAACAUCCUCCACCGUCUUCGCCUCCUCAUCCUCCGGUGGACCCCCGGAAACCGGCUUCCAGGAAUCCUCCCCCCAUGGCUGCUUGCCUCCACAUCCACAGCACCGCUCCUAGGACCGAGCCAAACGUCCCACCCGGCAGCAAGUUCGCCAGCUUCGACCGGCAGCCUAAGCACGUGAACGGUGGGGCGAAGGCCAAUCCUUGCGACGACGAGAUUUGGCUGAAGAUGCGGGAGGAGGCAAUGUCGGAUGCGUCCCGGGAGCCGAUUCUCUCGGAGUACUAUCAGGAGUCGAUCCUGUCGCACGACUCGCUCGAGGCAGCGCUGGCGAACCGCCUGUCGGUUAAGCUGGGCGUCCCGAGCAUCCCGAGCAAGACGUUCUUCGACGUAUUCCACGGCGUGCUCGCGGAGGAUCUGGAGAUCAUGUACGCCGUAAGGGCGGAUUUGAGGGUGGUUCUUGAGAGGGACCCGGCCUGCGUGAGCUAUGCGCACUGUUUCCUGAACUUCAAGGGCUUCUUGGCAAUCCAGUCCCACCGGGUGGCCCAUAGGCUGUGGUCCCAGGGCAGGAACGUCCUGGCCUUCCUCAUACAGAACCGGGUCUCCGAGGUCUUCGCGGUGGACAUCCACCCGGGCACGAGGAUUGGGAGGGGGAUACUGCUCGACCACGCAACUGGAGUCGUGGUGGGAGAGACGGCCGUGAUUGGGAACAACGUCUCGAUCCUUCACAAUGUGACGCUGGGAGGCACCGGGAAUGCGUCCGGGGACCGGCAUCCGAAGAUCGGAGACGGGGUACUGAUCGGGGCCGGGACCUGCAUCCUGGGGAAUAUCAGGAUUGGGGAGGGCGCCAAGAUCGGGGCUGGGUCAGUUGUCCUGAGGGACGUGCCGCCGAGGACAACAGCAGUCGGGAACCCGGCGAGGCUGGUCGGAGGGAAGGAGAACCCAGUGAGGUUGGAUAAGAUGCCUGGCCUCACCAUGGACCACGUCUCGCAUAUAUCCGACUGGUCCGACUACGUUAUAUAGAAAGCCCAAAUCUUGUAAUUUCCUUCCCAGCCUGUCGCAUUUCCGAAUAGGCUCGAGCCUAUCAAGCAAGACGUCCUGGGUCGCCGCCGAUCCAGCAUCAAGGCUAGAUUAGAAGCUAACAUCAACUAUUUGGGGGAAUUUUAUUAGUGGGGCCCUUCGUACAUAUUUUUGGGUAGUUAUUAUUUUUAUUAAUUCUAUGUUCCCUAAUAGCAUGAUUGAUUUGCCCUACAUAAUGCCCGUCUUUUAUUUA